CGCUUCAGGGCGCAGGCGCGGGGAGGGGGUGGGGGAGGAGGGAGAGCGGCGAGUAAGAUGGAAGAUGAGGAGGUCGCUGAGAGCUGGGAGGAGGCGGCAGACAGCGGGGAAAUAGACAGACGGUUGGAAAAAAAACUGAAGAUCACACAAAAGGAGAGCAGGAAAUCCAAAUCUCCUCCCAAAGUGCCCAUUGUGAUUCAGGACGAUAGCCUUCCCACGGGGCCCCCUCCACAGAUCCGCAUCCUCAAGAGGCCCACCAGCAACGGUGUGGUCAGCAGCCCCAACUCCACCAGCAGGCCAGCCCUUCCUGUCAAGUCCCUAGCACAGCGGGAGGCAGAGUACGCCGAGGCCCGGAAGCGGAUCCUGGGCAGUGCCAGCCCCGAGGAGGAACAGGAAAAACCCAUCCUCGACAGGCCAACCAGGAUCUCCCAACCCGAGGACAGCAGGCAGCCCAAUAAUGUGAUCAGACAGCCUUUGGGUCCAGAUGGGUCACAAGGCUUCAAACAACGCAGAUAAAUGCGUGCAGGAAAGGAUGCUGCCGCUGCCGCCGUCACCGCCUCUUGGGUCGUCCGCCACGGGUCGCACUGCCGUGGCAGACAGCUGGACUUGAGCAGAGGGAACGACCUGACUUACUUGCACUGUGAUCCCCUUUGCUCCGCCCACUGUGACCUUGAACCCCAUGCACUGUGACCUCCCUCCUUCCCCCCCCUUCCCACUGUGAUUGGCACGUCUAUAAGGGCUGUCCCAAGUCAAUGGAAAGGGAAAGGGUGGGGGUUAGGGGAGGGUUGGGGGGACCCGCAAAGGACUCAGUAGAGAGUCAGACAGUGCCACUUGGCCACUUGGGGUAAAGCCAGUGCCAGCAAUAACAGUUUAUCAUGCUCAUUAAUUUUGGGAUUUCAAAACACAGAUGAGAACUCCCGCCACCCACCCCCAAGUGCAUGUCUUUCAUCACUUAAAAGCAAGUUCCAUUUGAAAAUAUCCUUUCUUUUUUUUUUUUUUUUCUCCUUCCUAUUUUUUGUUUGUUUAUACAAAUCUCUGAUUUGCAAGAAAAAGUGCAUGGGAGGGGUUUUAGCAGUUUAAUGAAUUUUUAAUUGAGAAAGGGUAGUUUGGUAGUCUACUUAAAAAUGUUUCUGGGAAAUUCACUAGAAACAUUAACCAAUAGGUUUUUGGUGAGCUUAGCUUCUGUAUUCCUACUGCCGCCCAGAAAAGGGGCAGGGCUCUGCAGCCCCCAGGACAGAUGAGCACCCCAUGCCUAUACCUCCCUCCCCCAGCUGAGUCCCAGGGGCAUCUUGGCCCUAUCUGAGACUGGGCUAGCUCUACAGGCUCAGAGAGCCUGGGGGAGGGUGCUAACCCCACCUCUAGUAUUCUGGGAGUUAGGGAAAGUGAACAGACUUCCCCUUCCCAUACCCCUCAGGGCGGUUUCCUGCCAGCCAGGCUUGCUCCUUCUAGAAGGGAGCAGGGACUGAGAUGCACUCCGAGCUCAGAAGUAAGGGGUGUGAGACUUGCUCCGUGUUUGGCUGUUAGCACAAGGAGAGCCAGGAGAGAGUGGCUCCAGGACUUUGCGCCUCCUGCCUAGUGUGCUCGGAAGGUGGAGAGAUCUUCCCACUCCGGAGGGUCUGUGAGCACCGUCUCUGCGGAUGGCACCAGCUCAGUAACCGUUCCUGGUACAUUUCCUUUGUGAAAUCACUACCUUGGGAGCAGACCAUUCUGAAUACAUUUGGGAAAAGGCAAGCUGUGCAUUGCAAAGAUUGGUGAUGACAGACUGGUUUCCCAUAAACCCAGGCGACCCUUCACCCAUUUUUCCGGAGCGGGGGCUUGGAAUGAAGUCAGUUUUCCCCCUCUGUCCCUGGAGCCUAGAGAUUUGCUUUGGCCCUUUAAGGUGGAAGAGGCUAAGAGGGCACUGCCCGGAGCAGCUGUGUGUGUGUACAAUCUGGGUCCUCUCAGGCUUUCUGGCCUCUUCGUUGCACUGCGCCUUAUCCCUCAGCCAGCCGGAUGGCCUCCCCGCUCAGUGGAUGAGUUUUGGAGUGGGCGGCAUGACGUUUUGUGAUUAGGGCAGCUUGUGGUGGCCAAGGUGGCAAGCACGGUUUUGCAGGCUCACUCCGCCUUUGGUUCACCUGGCUCUCAGCCCUGCCCUGUGGGAAUGUAGGCCGGGCCCAGCAAGCCCGCUGCACCUCCCGCUUAGGAAGGGCCGGCUGCCAGUCGAAGCAGCAGCUAGUCCAUAGCACAGCCUUAUAACCGUGAGAAGCCAGGAAAUUGUCCGCGAGCAGAGCUGGAACAGAACUUCAGUCAUGGAGAACCCACAGGGCGUUGGGUUGUGCCCACGGGCCGUUCUGAGGAGGGAUUCCCUCCGGGAGUGGGCAAGGGAGAAAGCUGGCUGCUGUCUUUGUAGUUCCCCUGCCCUGACCGAGUUUCCUCAUUCUAGAUGUAUAGUGUCCGUCCCUCAUGUAAUAGUGGUUUCUGGCCCAAGAUGAGACCGUCCUUUCAGUUGGAGACGGGCACAGAGGUAGGCCAGGUGGCACGGCCAGGAGUGCUGAUGCGCAGCCGUCGGGACCACCUGUUCUUGCCCACCCCUCCCCUAGUGGGAGCCAAUGGGAAGGCUGGCUGAUGGGCGUCUGUGGAUUGACGAUGGAGUAGGGACGGGUGUUCCCACCUCCCUCUGGCCAAAGAUGCGGCUCUGCCCGCUGUGUGCCUGCCACCAGCCACCAGCAGUCGUACCCUUGGCUUCCCAGAUGGAGAGGUGGCAGGCAAGAUUUUAAAAAGAAAGAAAAAAGUGAAAAUGAACUGUAUUGUGUUGGGGGGAGGCGGGAGGGGAGAUGGGAGAAUGGUUUGGAUUUUGUGUGUGGGUUGUUUCUGUUUUUUUUGUUUUGUUUUUUUGUUUUUGUUUUUUUGGUAGUUGUCUGUAACUUUCCUUAAGUGCUUUUUUUUUUUUUUAAUUUUUUUUUUUUUUUUUUUUUUUUAAAGUAAGCUGCAGGCUUUGGCUUGGAAAACCCCAGGGGGAUGGGGGGCAGGAACCUGAGGCUGCUGCCCCUUUAUCUGCCUUCAUGGUACUGUCCCCUUCCCCCAGCUCCUCCCUGACCCCGUGAGCCAGGCCUCAGACCUUCCAGCUAACCGCUUCCCAUGAGCCACUAUUCUGAUGUCAGCCUAUAACCAAAGGAGCUGGGGGUCCGGGCCUGGUGACCAACCCUUCUCAGCCCACUCAAUCAGGGUGCUCCCCACCUGCAGGCAGGAGGCAACACCCUAUCUGCUACCAUCAGCCCCUUCCAGAGCCCACUGCCCCGCCCUGCCCUGUCCAGCCCAGCCAUACCCUGCUCUGCCCCAUGUGGGGAUGCUCUGCUCAGGGAUGGGCCGGCAGGGCUGCCCCAGCCUCCCUGGUAAGCAGAGACUCUGGAAACCUCUGGGGUCCUGUUUUCUGGCCGUGUGAUCCCAGGGGUGCACAUGGGCCCCUUGGGUGUCUGAACAGAAGGGCAUGGGAGGAAGGGCCGCACCCCUGCAGUCCUGCUCUGCUGGUCUAGCGGGCAGCUGCCUACCCCACCCCACCCCGCACCGCGGGCUCCUGAGUCGGCAGAUUAAGCAUUUUAUAAAUUGUAUUUUAAAUACAUGUUUUAAACUUGUCA